UGAGCUUCACUCUCAGCUAAAGUCGAGUGUGACGACACACAAUAGGUCUGUGUUCUUUGGAAUCUCUUUGUCACUGCUAUUGUUUCCUCAGAGAAAUGAAAACUUGUAAUCAAUGUUGGGUAGUGCAGGUAGAAGUGUUCAGUAAUACAUAAUUUAGUGAGAUGACGUCACUAUACAAGUUCAGGAUGGAUUUGUUGCCUGGUAUCAUGUUUACACUUCAACUUAUCCAACCAACUCCGACUGGAAUCUUUAACUUUCGUGUCCAAACGCCAACACAAAGAAAUGAACUUUAAAUGAAAGGUUUUGUAAAUAGACCUAUAUCAUUCCAAACUGUAAAGAAAUGUUUUAGAUAAAUAGAGUUUUAAAUGUGAGUCUUUGGUUCCAAUCUCGAGAGUCAUCAGAAACGGAUCUACAACUGGACUGAUACCGUACACAAGCACGUUUUGUUUGAAUCACGCGUUGGAGGUAAAACUACCUCAGGAGGUGACAAAUUUCUCAUGGCAGAAGAUCACUGGACAGAACCACGAUGAUGUUCUAGAAGCCAUUUUGGAGUUUUGCUCGCCUGUAGCGGCGUAGGCGAGCAAAAUGUCGUCUCUUCUUUGCUUAAAGCAAGAUGGUGGAAGCGUACACAUUCAUGACAAUGAUGUUAUCAGAGAAUUAGCUGUGGAUAGCCAGGAUCACACUAUGACCGUCCUGAUGAACAAAAUAGACACAAAAGGACGAAAGUCGAGGCAGACGGAGGCCGUGGAAACAACAAAUGGAGAUGCAGGGAUGGACUCACAAAGUCUUAUUGGACAGACAAUGAGGGUACAGGACUGGCUUAAUGAGAAAACAGUCAAAGGGCUACAGGAAUUGAAAUCUAAAAACAGAUCUGUCUCCUCGGCAAAGAGCAGUUUGUGUGGUGAUGGGGAGAAAUCCGAUAUAGAGACCCGAGAAGCUCGUAAAUUGUAUGAACCACUCCUGGAGACUGAGGACACAUUUGUAAAGAAUCUGGAAGAAUACAUCACUUACAAAGAUGUCAUGGAACAAAGGAAGAAGGAAAUGUUACAUAAGAAAUGGAAUGACAGAGUGUUUGAGCCCCUUAGGAAGAAUAUAAUUGAUGCUAUGGAUAGUGAUGACUGGCCUGAGCUUGACAGGCGGAAACGAGAACUCCAUAAACAGUACCUAGAGUUUACCAAUCAAAAGGGUCACGUGUUCCUAGAUACCAUGGAUCCUGAGGAGUAUUACGCCCAGGCACUCAAUGGUCAUCGUCCUGCACCUAUCAAGCAUGCAUGUGCUAAAUGGGACAAGCGGAUAGCAGCAGCCAAGAAACAUUUUGACCACCAACAUUACAAGGCUGUUGUGUUACAAGACAUCGAGGAUGUACGCCAGGUAUCCACUGCUGCCCUGAGGGAUCCAUUGUUGUCCCAGGGGAGACAACGCAGCGCCGAGGACCGGACAAUCCUUCGCUGUAUCACAGGUUAUAAUUACACAGACAAGGACCUAGAACAAGUCAAGUUACCUCCCCUGCCCCUUGUGCCACUUGGUCGUCAUGGGACAGACAGCCUCAAGUGGCUAGAAAUGCCACUUCACAAUAUAGAGAGUACACCUCGAUUGGCCAGCAGGCGUAGGAUGCGAGGCACAUUCAACACAAGUAACUUGGACUACAAUACCUGGGAGAAGACACCCCAGGACAACCAUCAACGCUACAUGGAAAUGCAGAUACAGAGGAAACGUAUCUUCCAAGAAACUCCACCUUUUGGAAAGUCCAAAAAGAAUGUGCGCAUAAUACCUCCCAAUCCUCCAUCCCCAGAGCUACAGCGUGAACAUACUGAGCCACACCUUCUGUUAGAACCACACCCUCCAGUACAACCAUGUCCACAUGUGACGGCACCUCCAGAAACAAUGGCAGUCAAAGCUGUACAAUUCACUGACAAUGUACCAACGGCCGUGGAGUCCUCAUAAUGUUGUGUGGUAUAGUUACUAUUACUUGUUCUAGUUUUUACUGUUGAAAGCAUUUGUUGUAUAAACUUUUCCCAGACGAUCACAAUGGAAAUAUACAAACAAGGUGGUCUGUUGGUAUAUCUGUUUCUGGUAUCCAGUGCUAGCACCACAUAAAGACUUGAAAUUCCAAUACCUUAGUGCUCAUUUUGUUUUUAGACAUUGAAUCUAUCUCCUGAUAAAGCAAUAGAUGAAGGUCUUAAGAUGUCUCUAGCCUCAAAGUGACAAUGCAUUUUAUGUCUGAAUAAUCUUGUUAAGCUUAUUUGCUUUAUUAAGAAAACUUUUUUCAGAUUUAUUUAGCCUUUGCCAGUUCUUAAAAUGAAAAAAUCAACAAAUUUUGAAAAUUUCUGAAAAUCAAAAAUAUAGAUAAAUAAAAAGUUUAUCCUAUUGCUUUAAAACUCGUUUGAGUUACGAGGUAGUUGUAGUUUAGACAGCCAAAGGCUGUAUGUUUAGAUUAGUGACCACAAUCGGUGGACUAAAUGUGUUGAGUUAGUUAGCACGGUGCUAUGUACUAGUCAUUACUUAACUCAACUUCCGACCACCGUCAUAUCUUCGGACUUGUCCGAUCACCGCCUUACACCUGUGUCCAUCCUAUUGGACACCACUCCUGUGUCCAUCCCCUUGGACACUACUUCUGUCCAUCCUCUUGGACUCCACUUCUGUCUAUCCUCUUGGACAUCACUUCUGUCCAUUGUUUUGGACACCACUCCUGUGUCCAUCCUCUUGGACACUUAUUUUGUUUGUCUCAUUUACUGCUUUAUGUUUUCAAUCUAACCAACAUCUAAAAAAACACGGAAACCCACUCAAAGUUGUUUUUAUCAUGCAUGUUAAAUUUAAACUAAUGAUUUUUUUUGUGAUUUAGAAAUAUAUAUUUAUAAAAAUAUUGAUUACUCUGCAAGAUUUCCUCAUCCAGAUGGAUGAACCUACACCAUAUAUCUCACUUUAGCUUGUUCAUUUGUUGUUUUGCUUUUAAAUUUUAAGUUAUUAAAGUAUAUAUAGUUUACAUUUUAACCAUAGUCACACAUUUGCUCACGUGUUAUGAUAGCAGUUAAACAACAUCAUACUGUGUUGGGGACUGUGUAGUUAUAGUGACAAUAUAUAACUAUCAUGUCAGAAAUGUCGUUGUAAACAUCUUGUCAAUACAUGUAGAGUCAGUAGCCAGUGGUGUAACGGAAGUAGACCAAUGGUAAGAUUUACCUAAACCUGUGAAUAUUGUACCGAGUAUCUGGUAAUGUGCCUUAAAACAACAUUAAUACAACCUGGACUUACAGACAUUAUGCAGUCUAGAUCUAAUUAAUCAUCGUACAUGGAUUAGGAUUUAUCUGAGCUUGACCUUAGCAUCAAGAGACACCAAGAUAUUGUUUUCCUUGAUUUAACCAUCAAUUGGUGCAUAAUAAAGUUUCAGUAAUAUAAAUAUAAAUAUUUCAGGUUUUAAUUUUAUACAAUGUAUUCAUGUGAAGUAUCCUAUUGUAGCUGAGUAAUUGUUAAGGUUUUUAAAUUCUAUGUUUCUUUUUUUUUUCAUUCUGCGAUAUCUGAUUUAUGCUGAAUGUGUGUAUUUCUGACUUCUAUAGGGUGACCUUGAUGUUAUUGUACAAGGUGAUUUAAUUAAUUUGUUAUUUCUUUUUGCCCUGAUGAAUCUCGCUGUGUGACAGUAUUGCCUUACAUAACAGCUUCUCUUUCUAGAAUUGUGACUAUAGGUAUAUUGUGGAUGAUCCUUGUAUGUACACAGUACCACGGGUACUGAUGGUCGGGGGACCAGUUGCUGUGGAAUUGUUGUCAAUGUUAGAAAUCUAUGCAUUGCCGUUAUUGAUAUCUGUGAUACUUUAAUGUUGACUAGCUUGUUGCUGGUCAGUAAUUUAUGGUAAAUAAAGGAGUACCAUUUGUGAU